AUGAAGGAAAAUGGAGACAUCACCAAAGCUUACACCAUUAAUGAAGAGCAAGAAGCUAAUGAUAUAUCAGAAACCAGUGAUAAUAAAGAACAGGAAGACAUUGGCAGACAAGAAUUUAAAUUAAUGAACAAGAAAUCAUUAAUGCAGAAUAGGAAACAAUUGAAACUGUCGAGAUUCAAUAGUAGAAUGCGAGCGUUGAUACCAAUUUCGGAACGUCCGUCGUAUUAA